CACGAAGCGCCAGCAUAGGUUUGCACAUUUUCAUCUACAAAUAAUGUGUACAGUUGUUUGUUUACAAACUAACUAGGCCUAGCUACCGGUAACCAACCAAAACCAAAAAGUGUGUGGAGUCCGAUCUCGAUAUAUGCGCGUAACUUUGACCUUGGGCUAAAUUUUAUUUUCUUCCUUGAAAGUUUCAUGUGGCUGGUUGUCAUGGAGUAUAAAUUGCGCCUUCGAUUUUGUACAAGGAGGUUGCCUAUAAUUUAAUAUUUCUCAUCAAAUAAAAUAAUCGCUCGAUUUAAUGUUGCAUAUGACAAUAGAUAAGAAUUUAAUCGAUGCAAUUGUACAGAAGCACAGCUGAAUGAUAUGGUGAACUAUUUUUAUAAUUGAACAAAUAAUACCUCUUUGGGUUUCACACCUACAGACCUAGUACAACUUCAAAAUCUACAAUAUAAAUAUACCACGGUAUAAACAUCUAUAACACCUGUAUAAAAACAAUGUAUCACAGUAGUCUAUCACAAAAAUUACUACAAUUAAGACUAGACAAAUUAUGACUAGUGAAAGCACUGGAAAGGACAUUAGACAAUUACCCAAAUAGUAUUGCUUUGCUAAUCCAUUUAAUACACAAAUGUCGAAAACUGGACUAUCUAAUUCUCUCCAAUAUCAUAUUUGACAAUUCCCAGUAUUGUCCAAGUGUACUUGGGUUGGACACCUGGGAAUCUCUGUAUUUAUCCAAAUUGUGUUUGAAAAUAUUCACAGAUGCACUUGACGUCACAUUUAAUGGUAAGCUGUUCCAGUAUUUUACGACCCUGUUCCCAAAAAAGUUCAAUUUUGAAUGCUGAUUUUGUCUUACAAGAAAAAUGGCAGCUAUUCAAGAGGAAAUUAAAUCAUUACUUGGACGAGAUGCAUUGAAAACUGAUUGGAUAAAAAUAGCAGAGGUCAAUGCAAAUCCAAACAAACCACAGAAUGUACAUCAUCAAAUUGAAAUAUCACUGGAUAAAUUGUACACAGGAAUGAGUGUCAGAAUUCGCGCAGACAAAAAAACACCAUGUACCUCUUGCGCGCGUGGUAUUAAGAAGCACAGCUGUGCUGUAUGCUCAAGCACCGGAAGGUCCGAUCCAGGAAUUUUAAACAACUGUACGAAUUGCGAUGGUAAAGGCUUCAGACUUCUUACAUGUGAUGUUUGUUUUGGGCAAGGGACUCUUCAGAAAGAAAAAUACCAUGCUGUUACCAUACCUCGCGGGGCAAGAAAUGGGCAUCAGAUUUGGAUAAAGGGUGAAGGUGAUACAAUGCUUAAUCAACCAGAUGCGGCAAGUGACAUUGUUUGCACUAUAAAAGAGCAACCACAUAGUAACUUUCGAAGAUGUGGACAUGAUUUGUAUAUACAAAAGAAUAUUUCUAUAACUAAUGCGUUAUGUGGUUUGAAACUUGUUUUUACACAUCUUGAUGGUCGAAAAAUUGUGUUAAAGACACAACCAGGAACAGUAAUAAGGACAGGCGAUAUGCUCUGUGCGAAAAAUGAAGGCAUGCCGGUGUUAAACUCCAAAACUGGUGCAAAGGGAGAUCUUAUAGUUAUGUUUAAUGUUCUAUUUCCUAAAAAGUUUGAAGAUUUGUCCGUUUUACAAAAUAUAGAAAAUUAUCUUCCUAAGCGAACGAGCCCUGAUAUCGCAAGUAAAGAUUUAGAAGAGUUUGAUCUAACCCACUUUGAUCCUAAAGAAAUUGUUUAUGCAGUGCCAUACCGACAACAAGAAACAUAUGAAGAUUCACCAGCAAAGAAAAAAACGGAACAGAAAGAGGAACCUGAAAAAUUACCUACUUGUGCACAACAAUAGUUCGUUUCUAUCAAUCGGGGUGUUGGGGUUACGCGAGACCAUUUUUUGUCCCUCCUCUCUGCCUUUGCAUCAGUGGACCCAUUAUGUGCGUAUAAUUAUGCAAGAUUGCUGUAGCAGGAAUAAAGAAUUUAUUAUGUACUUAAUAUUUUAAUUAUGCUUCUUCUGUAAAGAGCAAUGUCAAUCUAAAAUUACAAAUGUAUCAUAAAAUCAUGUUGGAAAAUGCAUCGCUGGUAAUUAUUCACUUGUGUAUUUUAUAACUUGAUUGGGCUGCCUUAAAUCGUGUCAAGUUUAUGCUACGAGUCUUUUUAUAUUUUGUUCAAAGCUAGAUCUCGCACGUAAAAAAAGACAAACUGUCAUCAAGAGCUAUGUCACAGAUGACCACUGAAUUAUGCUAUAAGCUACUAAGAUCAUAUAAAACCGACUAGCAGGAGUGUAAAUUUCCUUUUGAUGGUGAGGAGUCCAGCAAGUAUUUCACCAGCGUUUAUCACAUACCAGAUUUAAACGAUGGAACCAUACACUGCAUCUACUGUAUAUUAUUAUAAUGAAUCACUUAAUACCUCUUAACCCUGUCUCAAUGCCUUGGUGCAAUCAGUUGUUUAAUCCUCAUAAGUAUAUUUGAGACACUAAGCUAGGAGGCAUCUCCAGCCUUACUGACUGAUCUCACUGUUGGCUUCAUGAAGUUCUUUUACUGUCUUCAAUUUUGUCAGGAUAAACAAGAAAUCAUAUUUAUACUCCAUUAAUGAUCAUUACAAACUACCAUUUCACUGCGAUAAACUAUUUUUGCAACUUUCUAUUAUUGCUCCAUUUUUUUUUCAGAAAA